AUGUCCAUAAAGAUUGAUUCCAAGUUUUAUUGUGCAAAUACAACUUGUUUACCAUUCAUUAAUAGUAUUACAUUAGAUAUUAAGAAUUGUCAAUUCGCAUGUUUAAGUCAGAGUCAAUGUAUAGCAGCCACUUUUCAUCGAUCAACCUCUAAUUGUGAAUUAUUUGAUAAUAUUUUGAAUCAAAAUGAAAAUAUGCUGACUGAUGUAGAUGUUAUUAGUAUGGAGGUUAUUAGUGGAAGACAAUUUCCAUCAGCCUGCAAUGUUUUUCUUAAUCAAACUACUUACGCAGUUGGUUUUCAACCAAUAUCAGUAGCAGCGGUCGAUGUGAAUAAUGAUAACAAACCCGAUAUUGUUGUUGCAAACCGUAAUUCGAAUACUGUCAGUGUUCUUCUUAACGCAGGUAGUGGCAUCUUUAAUGCUCAAACGACUUAUACAGUUGGCACUUCUCCAUACUCAGUAGCAGUCGUCGACGUGAAUAGCGACAACAAACCCGAUAUUAUUGUUACAAACUCUGGUGCAAACAGCAUCGGUGUUCUUCUCAACGCAGGUAGCGGUACCUUUAAUGCUCAAAUUAAUUACACAGUUGGCUUUCUUCCAUACUCAGUAGCAGUCGUCGAUGUGAAUGGCGAUAACAAAUCUGAUAUUAUUAUUACAAACUUUGGUUCGAACAACAUCGGUGUUCUUCUCAACGUAGGCAAUGGCACUUUUAAUGCUCAAACAACUUACGCAGUUGGCUAUAAUCCAAAUUCAAUAGCAGUCGUCGAUGUGAAUGGUGAUAAUAAACCUGAUAUUAUUGUUUCAAACUAUGGUGCGAACAACGUUGGUGUCCUUCUUAACGCAGGCAGUGGUACCUUUCAUGCUCAAACUACUUACACAGUUGGUACUCACCCAUAUUCAGUAGCAGUCGUCGAUGUAAAUAGCGACAAUAAACCUGAUAUUAUUGUUGCAAACUCUGGUUCGAACAGCACCGGUGUUCUUCUUAACACAGGCAAUGGCACCUUUAGUGCUCAAACUAGUUAUCCAGCUGGCAGUUUUCCAUGGUCAGUAGCAGUCGUUGAUGUGAAUAGUGAUAACAAACCUGAUAUUAUUGUUGCAAACUCUAAUUCGAACGACGUCGAUAUCCUUCUCAAUGCAGGCAAUGGCACCUUUAAUGCUCAAAUUACUUACACAGUUGAUUCUUCUCCAUCAUCAGUAGCAGUUGUCGAUGUGAAUCAAGACAAUAAACCCGAUAUUAUUGUUGCAAAAUCUGCUUCGAGUAGCGUCGCGGUUCUCUUACAUUGUUAA